AUGGGCUUGGGCUUAAGUCUUUGUGUCCAUUGCGUGUGCCAGCUAUGCUUUGGAUCCUUGGCGGGUGGAACAAUCUAUCCAACUGCCUGCUAUAAAUUGAGGAAUUUGCUGAAAAAUCAGGGAAGACUUACAUUCGAGUUUCAAUUUGUGGCAAAGGGUUCUGAGUUGCAAGGUACAUUUGAAUCAAUUGUUAGCGGAGGAAAAAAGGUGAAGAAGGAAGAACUGCAUUUCAAAGCGAAGGUAAAGGAUAUGGAGCCAAACCAUGAGAAGGAAGGGAAGGCUGAGGUCGAACUUGAAUUGAAGACCAAAUCAGUGGAGGAGGAUAAGGGGGAGAAACAUAAAGAGAAGGAUAAGGAAAAACACAAGGAUAGUGAAAUUGGAGAAAUGAAGAAUAAAGAGGAGAAAAGGAAAGAGAAAAAGGAGAAGAAGGAGAAGAUGCACAAAGAUGAAGAAGAUGAUGAGAACACAGAGAAAAAAAAGAAAAAAGACAAGGAGGUGGAGAUGAAGAAAGAAGGAAAACACGAGGAUAAAGAGGUGGUAGAAGAAGAUGAAGAGAAAGAAGAGAAGAAGAAGAAAAAAGGAAAGAAGCAUAAGGAGAAAGAGGUUGAGGGAGAAGAAGAUGAAGAGAAAGAUGAGAAGAAACAGAAGAAGAAAGACAAGGAGAAGGAGAAAAGUAAAGACAAGAAGCACAAGGAUAAGGAUCAUGAGUUAGAUGAAGAUGAAAAGACUAGAGAGAAGAAAAACGAGAAGUAUAAGGAGAAAAAGAAAGAAAAGAAGCUGAAAGAUGAAGAGGAAGAGGAAGAGGAGAAAGUGACAGAGACAGAGAAGAAGAAAGACAAGAAGGCAAAGGAGAAGAAGAAAGAAAAGAAGAAGGAUAAAGUAGAAGAAGAUGAAGAAAUAGAAGAGGGAAAGAAAGAAAAGAAGAAGAAGGAUGAGGUAGAAGAUGAAGAUGAAGAAUUAGAAGAGGGAAAGAAAGAAAAGAAGAAGGACAAAGAGGCAAAAGAGAAGAAGAAGAAGGAUGAGAUAGAAGAAGAUGAAGAAGAAUUAGAAGAGGGAAAGAAAGAAAAGAAGAAAGACAAAGAGGCAAAGGAGAAGAAGAAAGAAAAGAAGAAGAAGGAUGAGGUAGAAGAAGCUGAAGAAUUAGAAGGGGGAAAGAAAGAAAAGAAGAAAGACAAAGAGGCGAAGGAGAAUAAGAAAGAAAAAAAGAAGAAGGAUGAGGUAGAAGAAGAUGAAGAAUUAGAAGAGGGAAAGAAAGAAAAGAAGAAAGACAAAGAGGCGAAGGAGAAGAAGAAAGAAAAGAAGAAGAAGGAUGAGGUAGAUGAAGAUGAAGAAUUAGAAGAGGGAAAGAAAGAAAAGAAGAAAGACAAAGAGGCAAAGGAGAAGAAGAAAGAAAAGAAGAAGAAGGAUGAGGUAGAUGAAGAUGAAGAAUUAGAAGAGGGAAAGAAAGAAAAGAAGAAAGACAAAGAGGCGAAGGAGAAGAAGAAAGAAAAGAAGAAGAAGGAUGAGGUAGAAGAAGCUGAAGAAUUAGAAGAGGGAAAUAAAGAAAAGAAGAAAGACAAAGAGGCGAAGGAGAAGAAGAAAGAAAAGAAGAAGAAGGAUGAGGUAGAAGAAGCUGAAGAAUUAGAAGAGGGAAAUAAAGAAAAGAAGAAAGACAAAGAGGCAAAGGAGAAGAAGAAAGAAAAAAAGAAGGAUGAGGUAGAAGAAGAUGAAGAAUUAGAAGAGGGAAAGAAAGAAAAGAAGAGAGACAAAGAGGCAAAGGAGAAGAAGAAAGAAAUGAAGAAGGAUGAGGUAGAAGGUGAAGAGAAAGAAGAGAAGAAGGAGAAGAAGAAAGAUGAAGAGGAUAAAGAUACUAAGUACAAGGAUGAAGAGAAAGAAAUCGACGAGGAGGAAAAGAAGAAAGUCAAAGUGGAAAAGAAUGUUGUGAAGGGUGACAGUGGCAUAACCUCCAGGGAAAUUGUAAUAGAAGAUACUGGGAAAGAACCAGAAGGUGAAGGAGACCAAGAGAAGCAAAAGGGUAAAGCAAAAGAAGAGAAAGAUGAUAACAAUAAAUGUGAGAAGAAGAGAAAAUUUGAGGGGAAGGACAAAAGCAAAGAUAUUAGUAAGCUGAAACAGAGGUUAGAGAAAAUUAAUAGCAAAAUAAAUGCCCUACUUGAGAAAAAGGCAGACAUCCUAAGGCAGAUUAAUGAAGCUGAGAACAAGACCAAUGAAGAUGCUGUGUAAUUGCAUACAUGGACCGACUGUGGUAUAGCACUAUGUACUAGUAUGUUUUACACACUCAUUUUUUCUUUGUAAUAGUAUGUAUAAUGUUUACAUGGAUAAUAUAGAUUCUCCCAAAGGUUCAUAUAUCCAUCACUCUGAUAUGAAAAUGACAGCUAGAAAUUUACAGCGUGAAAA